CCCGAAUCCUGCAAUUGGCGCUACUAUCACACACGGCAGCUACACAUCACCGGCAGCCGCCAAACCUGCACACAGACAUAAGCACCGAGCACAGAACAGAGGCGGGGCGGGGAGGGCGUGUAUGUAUGUGUCUUCACGUGUGGCCAUCCCUUGCCCUCGUGGCUCACUCGGUGCCUACGUACGUUGUGUGCGCAGCAGUUUGAUGCUCUUCCUGAUGCUGGCGAGCUGGGCCUCCUUCUGCUGCAUUUCCUGCCUCGUCGUCGGCUCCAACAACACGAUCAUCACCGGAUCAUCAUCAUCACUCUCACAAGUUGGAGCAACCUUGCGCUUCUUCGAGGCUCCCGCGUUGCGCUCGCUGCUCAAGGCUCCCAAACGACCUAACACACACACACACACACACACACACAGAGUACAGGCAGACAGACAGGCAGACACAAAGACGCACGUGACAACAAUCAUCCUGCUGCAUGCCAUGCAUUCAGGCAACCAACGUGAGAGCUCGACGACUUGGUGGUCGAGGUUGUCCAUCACAUUGUCCCACCACGACACGGGCAGCUCCAGCAUCAGCUUCUGCACGGCCCCCGCCUCCCUCUCCGCCCCUCCCUUGAUCUUGAUCGUCAUGUGCCUCACCGUAAAGCCCCUGACCAUGGAACCUCACCGUUGGUGAGCCUCUCUCUGUGGGUCAAUCAAUGCCUGCAUUCACCUGGCUUGCUGGUCCUCCACCAGAGCGGGCUUCUCGCGCAGCAGGAACGACAACACGCCGAUGUUGGCCGCCGGGUCCGACCUGGUGAAGCUGUCCAUGAUCCGCUCCAUCACCAUCCGCGCGUGGUUCUGCAUGUCGAGGUAGUUGCAGGCGGACCACAGGUGCAGCAGGCCCGUCUUGGCCGCCUCGUCGUCCGACUGGUCCGCUGCCGGCAGCGAGAGCGAGAGCGCUCCAGGGCGGCGCGAGAGGUUCUGAAGAUACUGCUUGGUGGUGGCCUCGUCCUGCACGUCGUGCAGCGUGGCGAAUGUGCUGAUGUGGCGGAACGUGUUGGGGUGAAUGUUGGGUAGCGCGAUGGUGUGGGUCUCCCUCUCAGCACAGGCCAUAUCGCCCUCCAACAUGCGGUCGAAAAACGGCGACAUAUGGACGAGCAGCGACUUCUUCUCGUAGAAGACGUCCUUCUUGAGGCCGACGAUGAGCUUCACGUAGCCGUCCUCCUUAUGCGCCAUCCUGAGGCUCAGCAGCUACUCCGUCAGACGAUACAGACCUGCAGGCAGGCACCAACCACAGCAGCAACGACAUCUAUGGAACGACAUCCAUGCAUCCAUCCAACGUCAUGCAUUCGCUGCUCACCCUUGGCAAGAUGUUGCCGUCGUGGUUCGAUAUCAGCAGCAGUGCUGUGGCCGCUGCUGCUAGCUGUAUGGCUCGUCUUACAGCAGAGAGUCGGCACGGGAGCGAUGGCAGGUGGCAAAACGUCGUCACAACAGAGGCUGGGCGGCUGAUUCACCCAUCACAGAGAAC